GCCACGUGAAAUGAAAAAUGAAUCCUUGUGGCAAACUUGCAAUUUUCUAACUUUUUUCCUUUAUAGCCCAGCCUUGAUUGUCAGGUAUUAAUGACAUAGUAUGUAUCUCUCAUAUGGGCGGGCUAUCAAAUUGGUUGUAAAUGUUAUGGCAAUGUGACAGAGCCAGCAGCCGGCUAUUAUUAGCCAUGCUCUAAGUAAACGCGUCCCUCCGCCACCAUUGCCCAAAUCCUAGAUCUCCCCAGCCACCAGCCAUGGAGAAGGCGGCACCGACCGCAGUGGCAAGAAAGCGCGAAUCCGAUGGGAUCGCUGGCAGCAGACCAAGGAAUCGGGCACGCGGUGGCAACUACGAUGGCAACUGGGUGGCCAAGCAUCCCAUCAGCCGCCUCCCCGACGCCAUCCUCGGUACCAUCAUCUCCCUUCUCCCCACCAAGGACGGUGCACGCACGCAGGCCCUCUCCCGCCGAUGGUGCCACCUUUGGUGCUCCGCUCCCCUCCACCUUCAGGCCAAUAGCAGCCUCUGCAGCAACCUUCGCUGGUGCCCCGCCAUCAUCAACAGGAUCCUCUCCGACCACCCUGGCCCCGCCCGCCGCUUCCACUUCCCAUUCAUCCAGUUCACACCCGGUGACAUAGACAGCCGGCGCACUGAGCUGGACGGCUGGUGCCAAUCCCGAGCCCUUGACGGACUCCAGGAGCUCAAUCUCUGCUACGGGAGAUGGUUGAGAGAACCGCCUCAUAUUAGUUUCCUGCUGCCGUCAUCUGCACUCCGCUUUGCACCCACCCUCUUCGUGCUCAAAAUCGGCUCGUGCAAUUUCCCCAGCGAGCUCUCACCAUCGUUGAGUUUCCCCCUCCUCAAGCAGCUCAUCCUACGAUGCGUUUCCAUCUCGGAGGAUGUAUUCGACCAGGUGCUCUCUGGAUUCCGUGCCUUGGAGAGCCUUCAGUUGUGGGACAUUCUUACUGCGCGUCGCCUCCACAUUCGCUCACUAACUCUUAGGAGCAUUGGCUUCCGUGCUCGUAGUGCUUGCACACAAGAACUAGUCAUUGAGGAUGCUCCCUGCCUCGAAAGAUUUGUCACUUUAUCCUCCGGACAUAAGUUUUGAGACUAUCUGCGUAAUUGGUGCACCUAAACUGAAGAUAUCGGGCCUUUUUUCACCAUGUGUAUCCACACUCCAGAUUGCAACUCUAGUCGUCAAGGUAGCAGUAGCAACCUUCUUGAAUCUUGCAUUUGCUGUACCUACAUGCAUUUCAUUAUUUUUUAUGUUCAUUGUUUUCUUUAGGGAAUGUCCCCAGUCAGCUUGGCAAACUCAAUAUGCACUGUGAAGGUUCUGGCUCUCUACUCUUCUGGUUCUCAGUUGAAUGCAGUUCUAAACAUCCUCAGGUGCUUUCCCCGCUUGGAAAUGCUCUAUUUCACUUUGAAGAAACACCCAAAGAUGGAUAUGAAAAAUGUGCACCUGUGUGACCCACUAGAUCCAAUCGAAUGCCUCGUGAUCCAUCUAAAAAGAUUGGUGUUUGAAAAUUACAAAGGCUGUGACCAAGAUGCUGACUUUGCCAAAUUCUUUAUUUUGAACGUAAAAGUGCUGAAGGAAAUCAAAAUUUCAAGCCCUAAGGGCAACGAUAUUAAAUGGGUGGACGAUCAUCACAGGCUGCUACAAGUGGAAGAUAGAGCUUCUCGAGAUGCUGAACCUGAAUUCAGAAGUGAGUUUAGCUGUUUGGAUAAAACCAAACAGAUUCAUGAUUUAUUGGAUGAUCCCUUCGACUACUCGUGUUGUAGAAUUAAAUGCAAUGUUCUUUCAGAUGAAUCAUGUCCAUGGUUCGUCAAUGGCCGAUCUUUCAAAUCCUUGUGUCAUAGACAGGGUUACUGCCCGAAUAUUGUGUAGUCUUUGCCCCUUCUUUAGAAGGGAUAUAUGCUCGAAAAUUGUAUUAUCUUUUUUCCAAAGUCAAAUUUAUGGCUGCUCGAUCUCUGGUUAGAAGUUAUUUCCUGUGUUCGUGUCUCAGUAAGUUACCUCUGUUGAAACUGCAAAAUGUAUGAAUGCAAAAAGGAUUUAUCAAAGGC